AUGUGCACUUUCACUUGCACUGAAACUAAAAAUGUUUUUAAAAAUGUACUCAUGUGGUUUAGUUUGAAAGUAUGCAUUGAAUUAAUUGAUUGAGAGAGAAGGGGAUGGAAAUUACUCUGAGGAAGUAACCAGGAAGGGGACACUGCUUUCGUCAUUGAGACUGACUCAUUUCUAACCUUGAGAGCAAAAGUAAAGACCAAGACAAAGACCAAGGCAUGAUGGCUGUACUGACAUGGGCUAAAAUGUUUCUGAUACUGAUAUGGAUGCUUCAGUUGAGAGUAGCAAAUGGGUACACUUUGUCCUUAUUCCCUGCUGGAGAUGAUGAUGAAGUCACUUUGCCUUGUAAAAAUGCAAUACACGCUCAACAUGAAUGUACCAGUACAACAUGGUUCUUCAGUGGUUCGAGAAACCAGAAAGCAGUAGAGCUGGUUAUUCUUGGAAAGAUUGUAGAAGAUCUUCAAGCUAAAUCAGACAGACUCAGUGUUAGCAGGAACUGUUCUCUGGUUAUAAAGAAGGUCACAGUUGAGGAUGUUGGUCUGUACACCUGCAGACAGUUCAACGAAUCAGGACCACAGCGAAGUCCAGACUUUCAGGUUCAUCUGUCUGUUAUCAUCAUGAUUGAACAUAAGAACGACGAUGAAGUCAAGUUGUACUGCUGUGUGUUCUCAUAUGACCACUGCAGACACAGAGUGGAGUGGCUAUAUGAGGGUAAAGAGGAACAACCUUCAGACAUAGAGAUAAAAUCCGGUUACUGUUCCACCACUCUGACUUUUACAUCAUCUCACAUUGAGUCACGUUUUAAUAAGUCACUGAAGUGCAAAGCAACCAACGAUUAUAAUAAGAAAGAGCAGCUGUUUCCUUUCAGACUCCAUUCCUCAUGUGUGAUAGCAGCUGAAUAUGGAACAAGGACAACAAUCAGUGUAUCUUCAAACAUCAAUAAUGAAGCAAAACAAGAAGAUCCUCGGUAUUUGUUGAGAUACAUCAUUGUGUGUACGAGUUUAGCAGGACUCUUAAUAACAUUUGUUACAGUCACCACAUGGACAAAAACUAAAGGGAACAUGCCACAGAUGGAAGAAAACACUGUGAGUAAAAAGGACUGUGGUGAAGAUCAAAGUGACACCGUGACCUGCACCACUGUGAAAACUUCCUCCUCUUCCACUGGAGUUCCAACUGAUCCCAGAAACCCACUCUAAGUUCAACAAGCAAAAGAAUCCAGAUGUUUCUCAGCAAAUCAUACCUUGAGAGUGAUAAGGUUCUCUCUGACUUUUUCAUAGGCAGUGCAGCCAGCAAUCUUUUUUUACUGUACGUUUUCUUUAAAUUCUGUACAAGUUCUUGUAAUACAGUAUUAAAAAAUUACAAGAUGUUACUUUGUUAAGCAUUGUCUUCUUCCACUUCUUCAAAAAGGAAAUGUGUGUGUAAAAAGAGUUUGACAUGAAAAAAGAAAUGUA